CUGCUGAGGCCAUGCAUGAACUUGGCGGUCCAGCAUUGCUGGCCGCCGCCGCAUGGCGUUGGCAUUGGCACAUGCCAGUAGGGGGAUAAAAUCUGGACACCUGCUCAAGCUGGUGCUUUGCAAUCUGCAUGAUACGGAACACUGGUGCUUCUGGUGUGCAACUUUGGAAAGCUGUUUCUUCUGAAAAGCAGCACCUAAAUUGUUGCCUCAGGUGCUUCUGUGGCAUGUGCAUCUGUAAUAAGACAUUCCCUCCUAUCGGUCCAAGCUUCUGAGCAACCAACGGGCCUGCUUGUGUUGGGCCGACCAGCUAUGCUCAAUGUGGCGGCAUUGCAUGAUCUUUUUAGGUGGUUGCCCCUCCGUUCGUGCUUGAAGCCAGUGACUUCUGUAAGAAGCUAGCUGAGGAAGCUUCAGGAGAUACACCAGCCUACGCUCUCAGAAUCCUGAUCAAGCUGGGAGUGGCGAAAGUCAGCAUGGACACUUUUACUGAGGGCUUGAAAACCAAUCCAGUCAAUGCAUUUCUGAUCUCCUUGGUGGUUGUCUUUCUGACCCCAAUCUUGUGGACUAUCGUGCACCAAUAUGUUAAGGUGCUGAGAGCCCGGGGCAUUCCCCCCGGCCCUGCUCCACUGCCAGUCUUGGGCAACCUGGGGGAAAUUCUUUCGAGCCCCAAGCGCUUUGAUGAGUGGUGCCUUCAAAAGGCCAAGGCAUAUGGCGGCAUGUUCAGCUUCUGGAUGGGAGAUCAGCUGUUUGUGUACGUCAGCUCGUAUGAAGCGGUCAAGGAGGUCCUGGUUACGAAGGAUAAAGAGUUUGCAUCGAGGCCCCUGAUGCCUGAGCGUGUCGCCCUCACUUUGGGGCCGAAGAGCAUCUUCAUGUCAAGCUACGGGGAAUACUGGCGCCAGGCUCGUAAGCUGUCGGUCCUCCAUCUACUCUCCAACAAGGCUGUCAAGACCAACGCCUCAGUUCGUGAUGAAGAACUUAACACCCUCAUCGGCCAUCUGAAGGAAGAGUGCAAGCGGGAGGGGGGCAUUGUGGAGCCGCGCGAACACAUCAUCAGGACCAAUCUCAACACCAUGAUGCUCCCACUGUUCGGCAUCCGUUUUCCCGCCCCCACGGAGCCGGGCUUUAACGAGAGGCGCGAGGCGCUCUACGCGAGCAUUCAGGAGAGCUUCCGCCAGAUGGGCGACUUUGAUUGGGGAACCGUGCUGCCCGCGCUUGCGCCGGUCGUGAACCGUGACGUCAGGAAGACGACAGCGUUUAGGGACAGGGAGCUGGAGCUUCUGAUUGAGGAGCACCGCGCCGCCAAGGAGAAGGCGGGGGCCAGCUUCGUGGCGCGGGAUAUGGUUGACGUACUGCUGACGAUACCCGAAACGGAGGACCUGACGCUCAAGAACCUGAUCUACAUGCUUCUCGAUCUGCUGAACGCGGCGGUGGACACGAGCGGCGUCUCCAUCGAGUGGACGCUAGCCGAGCUGACCCGACGGCCGGAAAUCCGGAAACGGUUGCAAGCGGAGCUGGACAGUGUAAUUGGUCGGGAGAGACCGGUGCAAGAAGGGGACAUCGAGAAUUUGCCAUAUCUCCGAGCAGUCAUCAAGGAGCAUUUUCGAUACCGGGGCGUCGGUCCCUUCCCCGGACCGCAUCUGAAUGAAGUCGAGACGACGGUCCAGGGGUAUCGGAUUCCCGCCAAAACGCAGGUGAUGGUGCACACGCGGGGCUUGUCGCGGGAUCCCUCUGUCUUCUCCCGGGCGGAUGAGUUUCUCCCCGACCGCUUUCUCGCAGAGGACGUCGACAUCACUGGAAAGGACCUCCGGGUGCUACCUUUUGGCGCAGGUCGGAGGGGGUGUCCUGGCAUCGUUCAAGGCCUAGCCGUCGUACAUCUGGCGGUGGCCCGGAUCGUUCAAGCCUUCGACUUUGAGCUGAUCGACGGAAAAGACAUCGACAUGGAGGAGCGAAACUGGGGCCUGCAAGUCUCAUUGCGCACGCCGCUGAAAGCCCGGUUUACGCCCCGUUAAAAUUAUAGUUGGCAAUACAAGUAAGAGUUGGUUUAGAAAGCGUUUUGAAGCCCGGGGAAUCGCAUCCACGGAUUUGUCGAUCGGUCAAGUUGGAAGUCCACAGGAUAAACAGGACCCGCUGAGUCGAUUAACACGGAUUGGUUAUCAGUGCAAUUUGCAGCGCAAUUUGUCCAACAAUGAGUACCGCUUCGAAAGUUUUGGGUAGCUCGAAGGCGCCGAUCAGCCUACAUCAGCAGUACUUCUUUGAUUGCCCAAAAUCAGUCCAUUCCCGAAAUCGACGAUACAACAGCGCAUGCAGGAUGAAGGGCUCGCUUUACUUUUGAUUGACAAUAUGGGUUCCAGUUGUUCCAUAUUUGAGUGAAUUUCAGUGUGCGCAUUUCGUUCCUCAUAGCCGAACAAAGUUCUGCAAGCUAGAGAAUGAUAAGUCGGACGCCUCAGCCUGCCGCCAUCCGGGGCUUGACGUUGAGAUGUCGGGGGGAAGUUGACUUGAGUUGUCAGGGGCGUCACCCAAUUGUCAGGGGUAAUGAUUGAAUAGCAAAAGACUCUAGUUGGAGGCUGCACCAGGGGACGGUCAUGCCAUGAACCGCAUGCAAUGCAUAGCUGUAGGUAUG